GCAUGAUCAAUCCCUUUACUCAACACACCAAACUCACACCUUCUUUUGAUUAGUACUUUAAACCUUUGUUGUUUAGGAUAAUGGCAGAGAAGAGUAAAAUCUUAGUCCUUGGAGGAACAGGUUACAUAGGAAAAUUUAUAGUUGAGGCAAGUGCAAAAGCAGGACACCCCACUUUUGCUCUGAUUAGAGAGAGCACAGUUUCUCAUCCUGAAAAGUCAAAGCUAAUUCAAAGCUUUAAGACCUCUGGAGUUACUUUGCUUUAUGGUGAUUUAGGUGACCAUGAAAGCCUUGUUAAGGCAAUUAAGCAAGUUGAUGUUGUAAUCUCAACACUAGGUGGAGCACAAAUAAUUAAUCAAGUGAAGCUCAUAGCAGCAAUUAAAGAAGCAGGAAACAUUAAGAGGUUUCUCCCAUCUGAAUUUGGGCUUGAUGUUGACCGUCACCAUGCUGUUGAGCCAGUAACAAGUUUUUUUGGGCAAAAAGUUAAAAUCAGAAGAGAAACUGAAGCUGCAGGAAUUCCUUAUACUUACAUUAGUUCUAAUUUCUUUGCUGGAUAUUUCCUCCCUACAUUAGGACAACAAAAUGUCACUGCUCCUCCUAGAGACAAAGUUGUCAUUCUUGGUGAUGGAAAUGUCAAAGGAGUUUAUGUGACAGAGGAAGACAUUGGAACUUAUACUAUAAAAACAGUGGACGAUCCAAGAACCUUGAACAAAAUUGUAUACUUUAGACCUCAUGGAAAUGUUGUGACUUUCAACGAGCUCGUUUCCUUGUGGGAGAAUAAGAUUAAGAGUACUCUUCAGAAAAUUUAUAUUCCAGAGGAUCAACUUCUUAAAAUGAUUCAGGAAUCUCCUUUCCCUGUAAAUUUAGUGUUGGCAUUAGGUCAUUCAAUGUUAGUAAAGGGAGAUGGUACAAAUUUUGAGAUUGAGCCAUCUUUUGGUGUGGAAGUUACUGAGCUAUAUCCUGAGGUGAAAUCUACUAGUGUCGACAACUAUUUGAAUGCAUUCGUUUGAACUAUAUAUUAUUAUGCAAAUUUCAAAUUUUGUCUUUCUUUUAACCACUUUUGUUUGAAUAAUUCUCAAAAGAACCACUCCAUAUUUUAAUUUGUAAUGUUUUCCUUUUCCAUGUAUUGAAUAAAAGUUAUGAUGAUGAACCUCUACUAAGAUGUUAUGUUAAUCACAAUGUCUAUAUUGGGGUUGUUUAUAUGUGUGUGUUAAUAAAUUAACAUAAAUGUAACUUA